AUGUCCCUGCUGGACUACUGGGGGAAGAAGGGGUCUUCCGUGAAACGCAGAAAGGUGUCCGGCGAGGAUUCGCAAAAGGAAUUCCCAAGUCGGAAAGAGGACAAUGUACUCCGCGAAUGCGAAGAAAGUCCUAUAGAUCGCCCGCCGUCAAAGACAUCUGAUUCAUCAGCCAUACCUCUAGACGAUGAUAUCCCCAUCGACGACGAGAAUCAACUUCCAAAUAGCCAAACAGAACUAGAAUCUUCCCUCCCAGCCAUCGAAACAGACAAAGCAAUAAAGGAGUAUGAAACCUCGCAUGCUGUGCAAGAUGAACCAGAUGAACAAGACCUGCACCAACGAAUGCAAAACAGCAGCUGGCAGAAAGGCAAAAGCUCUAUAUACGUUGAUGCCUUUAAUAUAACACUAGAAACAGUGCUAAAUGAAGAGGCCCAUUUGUUCAAUGAGGCUGAGGUGGAGGUGUUCAGGCAGUGGAGCGAGUUGUCGUAUGAGGCGCAGUAUCUGUAUGUACGGCUUUUCCUGAGGAAAACUUCUGCGUGGCAUCGUAUUAACCAGCUUGGUUAUUCGGAUGUUGUGGAUUUGGGUGCUGCGGUUGUUGAGCUCCAGCGCGGCCGUGGUCUUCCAAUUCUUUCUGAGGCCGAGAAUGCGAACCCAGCGGAUAUUGACUCUGGCUCGGAGCUCAAUGGAGCAUUCAUAUUCGCUGAUAGUAGCGAGCUGAUAACGACGCUGGAAGAAGCGUCGUCGCUAUUACUACUGGACGAGCUGAAAAGCUUCGCAACUGAUGUCAAGGCGCAAGGGAAGAGCAAGAAAGAACUGUUGGCAGCAUUCCGGCAGUCAACGCAAACGCAGACCGGACUUGAUUGGAAUCCUGGUAAAACGGGUGUCAGAAGUCCGUCUGUGAAUCGGGAUAGCCACUAUGUCCAGAAAAUCCUUGAUUAUACUGGUGACUGUAUACGGCUUAGUGCCGGUCCUCGGGUCUUGUUUGAGCGAGUGCAUUUGGUCUUUUAUAGGUCUACGGAAUGGACGGAGAAGUCUCUUACAACUAUUAUUCUUGCAAAGACUUCGCGCAAGAACUUCCCGAGUUAUAUCGUGUGUCGCUCUAAUUCGAUAUUUCCGUCUAGAUCGACUCUCCUAGAGUUUGAGUCGGCCCUACGGAUGCAGUUUGACAUUGACAAUAUCCUCCAAUUCAAUGGACCCCCGGACUUGCAACAAGUAAAAGACCUUUCUGAUAAGGUCUAUCCUCGAUGGAAGGAAUUGCUAGCUCAAGAACAACAGAAAGAAGCUACUUUCUACGAGUGCGGAGAAGGGGAUUACCUACGUCGCUUUUCACCGGCUUGGGUGUAUACUCGGAUUGUUCACAAAGGUCUACAUCCUUUGGGACGAUUCAAGGAGCAUAAGCGAGAACAUGAAGUUCUCACUGAGCUACUCGAUCAACGGCUAUUCCAUGCCGCGCGUCGUGGUGGGUGGUAUCAGCGGAAAGCUCUGUUGGAAGAACAUUACAUGUGGAACCUCACGCCAUUCGACGGACGCAGUGAAGAGAACCAAAGGAAACACUGGAAGAGGAUCGCGCUUCGGACGUGCGAGGAAGGCCUCGAAGAUCCGAGUAGUCAUCUAAUCUACCACUACGACCUACAAAAGCGGGUCAUGAAACUCGAGAAAGCUCUGAAAGUGCCCAAAAGAGAGCAGCAUGACUUUGGAUACGCUGUUUUGGCUAAACCUGAAGAACGGACUAUUGAUGGGAUACGUAUCGAGCAAGAGGAUACGCCUCGCGAUAAUGGAUCGAAACGAGGUCGCCCAACGGUCUGGGUAGAUGAGAAAGAGGGCGGCGAAUGCAGAGUCGAACAGGUAUGUCUGAACUGGUAUAUGGACCAUGGCUGGAAGGGUUACCAUUCAGAGGGUGGCAUCGUCCGUACACUAUUCGGCCUCCUAUUCUACGACAUCCUAUUCACCUACAUCCCCAACGUCUUCCAAACCCCCUUCCAAACCUCCCCCCUCGACCUCCACACAGACACCUUCUACCCCACCCGCGCCUCCGAAAUAAACCACCGCCUCGUCGAAAUCACAAACGGCUCUGCCGAACACCUCAUCCGCACAGUCCACACCACCCACUCCCCGCUCCAACCCUGCGCCGUCGGCAUAAACUGGUCCUUCCCGUUGGAUGAUCUUGUUGAAAUCGCGCGGUGUUUUCGCGGCGAGGCGCUGGCGACGAUUUGUAAGGUGCUCGCGCAAGAGUAUCAGCAGAGGGGUGGGGGGAUUCCGGAUCUUUUGGUUUGGAGUAAGGAGAGGGCGGAGGUUUUGUUCGUGGAGGUGAAGUCGGAGAAUGAUCGGUUGAGUGAUACACAGAGGUUGUGGAUUCAUGUGCUUGUUGGGGCGGGGGUUAGGGUUGAGCUUUGUAAUUGUGUUGCGAGAUAG